CUUCUUCCCUGCAGAUGGCUUUAAGAGUAUGCCAAUAAAGAAUUUAAGUUGAUAUAGACCAACAUAUAGGUAGGAUUUUGUUACGUAUAAGAUCUUUGAUUUUCAGAUUUGGGAUAACUUGGUCAAUUUUUUUAUUAUGUAAAAGCUCUUUUUAGAGGCGAAAUCAACUCAAAAUAGUUAUUAAAAUACUAAAAAAUAACAAAACAGAUGAACGUGAAGAGGGUUUCGAUUUUCUUUGUUUAUUAAUCAUUAACCAAACAGGCAAACACAUAUUUAUAGAGUGUAUCUAUUUCCUUCUCUCCUAGGAUUAGAGAUGGCAAUGAGCCCGUUUGGGAUGGGUUUUGUCAAACUCAAACUCAUGGGUAUAUCCAUAAAAAACCCUGGGGUAAAACCCAAUCGAUUUGAAAAACUCAAAUUUAACCCAAUUCGCUAGGUAUUUGCGGGUUCAUGGAUACCCAUGGGGCAUGGGCUCUAUAUAUGCACAAUAAAUUUCUGUCAAAAUAAAAGUCUAACGUCACUCUCUCAUACAAAAUAUUCAUACAAAAAACACCUAUCUAGAGCACAAGCAAACCACAAAUUAUUCAAGAUUAAACAUAAACAACAUAAUUAAUUGAAAGCUUCUUCCUACUUGUCAACUAAACUUCUUCACUCUCUAUUCCAUAAUAUCAACUUCAUUCUACACAAUUAGUAAUAACAAAUUAAACGGGAACAAGUUGGAUAUCGCUAAACCCGAACCCAACCCAACCCACAAAAUAGUAAAAGGGUUUCAAUCCAAACCCGACCCGUAAUCCACCAACUCUGCCUCUUUUUUCUACUCGAAUUCCCUUUCUGUCAUUACAAGAAACAUUAAUUGAUUAUUAAAACAAGAACUAACACAAUUCAUAAUCUGACUAAAACACUGAUAAUGAAUAGUUAUGACAAAACGUUCUUAAAUUGUACAAAAUACGUAAUUAUCAUAAAGAUAUUAAAUAAUAUGCAAUCACAAUACUUCAUAUUGCCACGAUCGGCUCGAUCUCAUCUCAUAUUAAAUGUAUUAACAUUGUGUAAGUCUAAGUAGGUGACAAUAUAUUCCAAAUGAAUUCUCUGCGCAAGGUUGAAUUUUGGACAUUUCCAAUCUUAAAUAUAAUUAUUCAAGCCAAAGUGGUUGUCUGUGAGCUCAACUAUGCGAUUGCUAAUUUGCUAUGACAAUCCUUUCCGUUGUAACUUUAUGUGAUAGAUUUUGGCGCAUACAAAUACAAUGUUGGUGUUUGGCUUUGAGCUAAUAGCAUGGAUUUGCCCUUCGAAUGUCGAGUCAUUAGUAUAAAGUUUAGACUAACCUCGAGCUAGAUGAUUAGGGUGAUAAUGUCUGUGCAGUGACGGAGGUAGGGCGAAGUAAGGAGUGAUUAUAGCUCUCUCAACUUUUAAUAAUAGAUAAGAUUACAUGUAAAAUUCGUGAUAAUUUUUUAAAAUAUUGUAAUUCAUACUUCAUAAGGUAUUUACUCUUCCUUCCCAAUAUCGUAAUUCAAAUAAGCCGUUUUUGUCAGAUGGCUAACUCCACCAUGUGAUAAUGGUGGGUUCUAAAUUCUAAUAUUAGGAGUAAACCAGCCGGUCGAAUUCGGGAUUAGGGUGGAGUGGGAGGUAAAAGUAAAAGCGGACUAAUUAAGUGUACAAGUUUACCUCAUCAUCAUUGUUCUUUCCAGAAGGAUUGUUGAUUGAUUAAUUUCACACGUACAUGUAAAUGAUUUAAUAAUGUCCCACUGGUUAGCUCACAUUGGGUUGGGGUGGAAUCAGCAAGUGGUUUGGGUUGAUAACCCUCCACUAUCCAUGAGUUGUAUGAUUGAAACUGAUAAGGGUCAUGGGCCCUAAUUUUCCUAAUGUUAUAAACCAGAUUUCCAGUAAAAAAAAAAUAAUAAUAAUAAUGUCCCACUGUGUUAUUCGCUCUUAUAAUGUCCUACGGUACAGGUCUUAUGGUGAGUGGUGGAGAUAGGAAUCGAAACUACUGUCCUCUUUUUAUGAUAUAAAUAUAUCAUGUUUAUUUAAUAAAUAUUUAUUUAAUAAAUAUACUUAAAAUUAAUAAUAUUCAAAUAAUUCAUUCAUAGAUAAAAAUAAUCUACUAAUACUAUUAUUUUUUUCAUAAACAACCAUGACAAGAUUCCAUAUUGUGGAAGAAAAUAAAAAACAAUUGUCGUCUACAGUCUACACUAUUAGGUAAGUCUCUUUUAAUGUAUACUACUCAACGAUCAUUAAUAAUUGAUCGACAAUUCGACUUUAAAACUUGUUCUCAAUAUAACUGCAAAUGCUCUUUAUACCCUUGCAGUUACAAUUGGUAGAAUCAAAACCAGUGGAAUUGUUGUUGUCACUCACCGGACAAUUUCAGGGUUGUUGGGAAAAUAGCGAACAGGCAUACGGAGAAAAGAUAUCCAAUUAGGUCUUCAUUGCAAUCAAAAUUUCAUUUAUAGUAUAAAUUAAUUGUAUGUCAAUUAUGAACAAGUAAUGAGUUGUGCGGUAAUGAUGAAAAAAUACUUUCAUGCCAAGUACCAACAAUAAGUAGUGUAUUCCACCAUCAAUAUAAAUAUAUAUAAGGUAUUUUUUUCCCUCCUAAAUUUACACUUGUCCCGAGACAAAGACCUAAUAGCCCUGCUUCCGCCUAUGCUUAUGUUCAAUAGUCAUGUGUAUAAGUAUAACAAAAUGUAGACAGACUAACAAUAUCAAUUAAGCGGUUGAGGGAAAACAAACUCGUUUAUCAUUCAAUUCGUUGUUUAAUGAAUACGUUCGCGAACAAUUACUAAAAAAACUUUGUUUAGGUUAGGUGUUAUUCCAUUACAUACAAAAUUAAAUAUAUAUAUAUAUAUAUCAAGAAUUUGGUUUAAUGAUACUAUCUCCAACGGACCUUCUAAACCUACCUCUUGACUCUUUAGUCUUGAGAAAUGAGAACUCCUCUCGUCUCAUGUACGAAAGAUGCUUGACCGAAACCAACCCGGCCGGCCCAACCCCAUUUCCUCCACUAUCUAUAUAUAGUCAAACACACGAACACAAACCCCGAGAUAUAUCGGUGAUCCAGUUGGUUUAUUCGUGUUACCCAUUCACACUGCUUCCCUCUCCUCUCCACCACCCUUCCUUUCCCUCCCUCUCUUUUUAAAAGCACAACCCGACCAAAAAGCCAACCUCGAUUCAAUUGAAAUUGAAACCAUGCUGCCUUCUUCCACCACCUCCCAAUCCCCUCUCCUACUAAUAUCCGCACUAUUAUUCCCUCUCUUACUCCACACUCUACCCGCCACCACCGCCUCCUCCUCCUCCUCCUACCCCGACUUCCAACUCUUCCACCUCCGCUCCCAAACCACCCUCCACCACCGUCAUGCUCCUCCGACCAAUACCACCACCACCAGCCGCAGGCUGGUGCUCGACCUCCUCCACCGCGACCAGCUAACCGCAUCCAACUCCACCACUACCACCAACAAUAAUACAACACAUCAUCCACAACACCAUCACCGCGAGCUCUUCCACGCCCGCAUUCGUCGCGACGUCCACCGCGUCGCGUCCCUCCUCCGCCGCCUCGACCCCGAGAACCUCCGUCCCCUGGAGUUCGGGACGGAGGUGGUCUCGGGGAUGGAGCAAGGGAGCGGGGAGUAUUUUGUCCGCAUCGGCGUGGGGUCCCCACCCACGAGUCAGUACAUGGUCGUUGACUCGGGCAGCGACAUCGUGUGGGUCCAGUGCAAGCCCUGUUCCCAAUGCUACCCGCAGUCCGACCCGCUCUUCGACCCGACCUUCUCCGCUUCCUUCUCCGGCGUCUCCUGCUCCUCCGCCGCUUGCGACCGCCUCGCCGCCGAGACCUCCUCCACCUCCAACUCCGCCGCCUCCGCCUCCUGCCGCGACUCCGACCGAUGCCGCUACCAGGUCUCGUACGGCGACGGGUCGUACACCAAGGGCACAUUGGCGCUCGAGACGCUGACCUUCCACGACUCCGCCGUCGUCCACGACGUCGCCAUCGGGUGCGGCCACAGCAACAAAGGAAUGUUCGUCGGCGCCGCCGGUUUGCUCGGGUUGGGCGGCGGCUCGAUGUCGUUCGUCGGCCAGCUGGGAGGGCAGGCCGGGGGUGCCUUCAGCUACUGCCUCGUCAGCAGGCGUUCCGGAUCCGGUUCGGGAUCCGGAAAGCUCGAGUUCGGGCGGGGAGCGAUGCCGGUGGGAGCCACGUGGAUCCCACUGGUCCGAAACCCGCGGGCCCCGAGCUUCUACUACGUGGGCCUGUCGGGGUUGGGAGUGGGCGGGGUCCGGCUGCCCGUGCCCGAGGACCUGUUCCGCCUCACCGAGCUGGGUGACGGCGGGGUGGUGAUGGACACGGGCACGGCCGUCACCAGGCUGCCCGGGCCCGCCUACGCGGCGCUGCGCGACGCGUUCCUCGCGCAGACCGGGGACCUGCCGAGGACGGGUUCGGGAGUGUCGAUAUUCGACACGUGUUACAAUCUGAACGGGUUUGUUUCCGUGAGGGUGCCGACGGUGUCGUUUUACUUCUCCGAGGGUCCCGUACUGACCCUUCCCGCCAACAAUUUCUUGAUCCCGGUCGACGACGGCGGGACUUUCUGCCUGGCGUUCGCGGCGUCGGCUUCCCGGCUUUCCAUAAUUGGUAACGUGCAGCAGCAAGGGAUCCAGAUCUCGUUCGACGGCGCGAACGGCUUCGCCGGCUUUGGUCCCAACGUUUGCUAAUAUAAUUUUAUUAAUAUUAUAGAAAAAGUGAAAGCAAUAUAUAAAUAUUAUUAAUUUAUGGUUAAUAAUAGUGUCGCCGGCCGGAUGCAGACAAGUAAGGAAUUCUUUCGGAAAUGAUUCUGUAAGUGUGUAUUACUCCUCCAGUGUGCGCUGGACUUUUUGGGUUCGUUUUGUAUUGGUCAGCGUGUUAUUUUAUUAAUCCUUUUGUCCUCUCCUUUUUUGGGUAGUUAAUUAUGUUUGUUUAGGAAUGUUUAUAUAUAUAUUAAUAUGUAUAAGUGGUACGUGCGAAAAAGUAUGCAUGUAAUAAAGCAGCGCACAUUGGUGUCAAAUUUUGUACAUAUGUGUGUAUUUUUGUGUUAUGAUAAGAAGUAGUUGGGUUAGGGUAUCUUAAUUUGUCAUAUUUAAUUCCUUUUCUAUUGAAAAUUUAUAGUGGAGGAAAUUAAGAGGAGUGGAACAGGAAUCUUAGGUUGCGGGAAGAGAAAGGGUAGAAGAGAAUGCGGGGGAGGAAAGGAACUAAAAAAGGAGGGAGUGGGGGCUUCAAAGUCCAUGAUAUGUUUGGAUGAUAAUUACAUACAGUGAAAAUAUAUGAUUAGAAGGAAGGGUGGCGAAAGCAAGUGGUCAAACAUAAAACAAAGAGGGGAAUUAAGGGGCGGAUCGAUAGUAAGGUCAAAAAGCUAGAGAGUAGAGAGGGAAAGGUAAAAAAAAAAAGAUAUCAAAUCGAUUUGAUGAGUGAUGAGAGAUCAAAUCCCCCUUUUUUUUCACCUCAAGGCCCGUAAGAGGAAAAAGAGGGUGGGAAAAAGGAAGAAAGGAAAAGUGUGUGUUUGGGGAUAGAUAGACAAAUUUAAAGGUGGAGGAAGAAUGGUGAGGGCCUUGCGUGAUUAUGAUGCUGGGAGUAGAGCUCGUUGUCAUCAACUAGUUGUGAGUCGUGACCAAGUCGUUACUCAGCUUCUAAUAUGAAUACUGGUCGUCCAUGACAGCAGAAUGCAAGUUUCAAUCUCAUGAGUUUGAUUUUUUUUAUGUCGUGUAAGAAAGUGAUUAAAAUCAUACAUGAGUAUUUAUUAAUAAUUCGAGUUAUUGAAACCAAAACGACGGUUUACAUUGGAAUACGUGAGGACUUGAACAUGUUACCUCACUAACCAACUACGAUACCAUGAUUAACCAACUGUUUUGACACUCGAGUAGUGGUCAAAAUCAAGGAUUAUGAAACCAUACCGGAAUUUAACCGAAAAGUCAAUGAUAUAAUAUUUUAUACAAAAUCAUGAUUUCACCAUUUCAUACCGCCAUAUUGUUUUCUGGUUCCAUACUUGGUAUUUUCACUCCAACUACCCAGCGCAGUUUCUAAAACAUAGAUUGUUUCUAAAACAGAUGUACUAUUUAUCUUUGUUCACAUUCCAAGAAAGAAAAUAUAACCUCCUGAACCCUAACCCCAAGCAAUAAUAAGAAUGGGAAAUAGCAGCAGCAGCCAGCAAGUGGUAAUUGAGGGGGUUACUGAUGAUUACAAAUGGCAGCUGGGCCGGGCCCAUGAAGGUGGGCCUCACCAUUCUCAUGCAUCCCAACAGAAAAGAAGAGCCCUUUUUAUCCCCUUUUCUGCUUUCUUUGUUGGGUUACUUUCGAGCCCCUGACAAAGACUGGGUCAUCAAGGUGGUGUACUAGCAUAGCAGUAGUGCCAUCAACCAUGCUGCUCACCACUUCCAUCUGGUUGGUUCAUUUCCCUUUCAAAUUAUCACUUGUUCUAUCCCUUCCCAACAAAGCCACCUGACCACCCCCCCACAGAAAGAAGCCUUCGACAGUUUUCAGCUUUUAUCCUUUCACUACUUUCAGAUAAUAAACAAAACGAGGAUCUCAGAACAACCUCAAUGCAUUACUCGCUAAUAAAACAGUACUUCUAGGAAAAGGAUUUGGUCUGGAUGACCACAUUGCGAUCGUUAAUCACCAAUCAACCACCGAAUACGCAAUGAAUCGCUUUAAGAUGU